CGGGCGCCAAGGUCCGGCCUAUAAAUCAGCCGAGCCGGCCGCAACUCGGUUUGCGCCGGUGUCUCCUGCAGCGUCUUCCGUCGUCAGCGCAGUCCUCGGGCCCGGACCGACGCACGCACCCCGCGAGUCAUGGCGACCAAGGCCGUGUGCGUGCUGAAGGGCGACGGCCCGGUGCAGGGGAUCAUCCACUUCGAGCAGAAGGCAAACGGGCCCGUUGUGGUAAAGGGACGCAUUACGGGAUUGGUUGAAGGCAAGCACGGAUUCCAUGUCCAUGAGUUUGGCGAUAAUACACAAGGCUGUACCAGUGCAGGUCCUCACUUUAAUCCUCUAUCCAAAAAACAUGGUGGGCCACAGGAUGAAGAGAGGCAUGUUGGAGACCUGGGCAAUGUGACUGCUGGUGCAGACGGCGUGGCCAAUGUAUCCAUCGAGGACUCUCUGAUCUCACUCUCCGGAGCAAAUUCCAUCAUUGGCCGCACAAUGGUGGUCCAUGAAAAACCAGAUGACCUGGGCAAGGGUGGAAAUGAAGAAAGUACAAAGACGGGAAAUGCUGGAAGUCGGCUGGCUUGCGGCGUGAUUGGGAUUGCCCAGUAAACAUUCCCUGCUGUGUGCUCCAGUCCUGCUCACUCGUGUCAUCCUGCUAGCUGUAGAGAAACAUUAAACACUGUAAUAUUAAGUGUAAUUUGUGUCUUUUUCUUAAUUGCUUAAAAUACUUCUGUAAUGAGAACUGAUUCAUGUUCCUUUGGAAGAAUUGUAUGGUUUUAUAAAGCUCAUUCAAUUAAAAUGUCUGUUUCAGUGAUUUCUGUAUGUUGCCAGAUUUGAUCAUCUGUAGAUAGUAAAUUUCCUGUCUGAAAUUCUUCAAUACUCAUUCAAGCCUGCAAACACCUUGUGUGGCACUUUGAACCUAUUAAAGUAUCCAAACCAAAA